AAACCGCGACGGCUAAGGCUAAAGCGCGUUGUCGUUCUCCAACUCCAUCAAUAAACAAAUAUGGUCGCCACACAUUGAAUUUCUUUUAAAUUUUUGUGUGGUGUUAUCUGAAUUAAUUGUAAAGGUGAGUUUAAUUUUCAUAUGCGACUUAGCUCACUUUUGUAAUAUCAUAUCAUUAAAGAUGCCUUAUGUUGCUGUAGUGAAUCCUGACGAAUUAAGUUAGGUUAGGCCAAUUUUACUACCAUUUAUACAUUUUAUUCUCUUCAAUUUCAAUUCCAAGUUGCUGCUUGAGGUAUAUUUUUAUUUACUGCAUAUGUAGGGCAGUAUGAUGUCAUACAAACUAAGUGUGUGUUACUGUUGGCGUACUCGGUGUAUCGAACGACUGCUCUUUUGUAAAAGUAUUCGUUACUCAGAAGACGAGACACAAGUUAAUAUUUACUGCAAUUUUACGUACAUGUACUCGUUUCCAACAAUUGGAUCUUUUCGGCUCAUGACGCAUUCUGUGCUUAUUAUGUUUUGAGCAAUGAUUAUGGUUCGUUUUUGGUAUGGAUCGAUCAAAAAAAAAGAAAAUUUGAUUCGUAAACAACUUCACAAUGCUGUUGCACUUUUGGAAGUGGAUGCAGUGGCAACUAACCGUUCACAGAGUCAUUCAUUUUUUUGUGAUUCAACCACGGCAAAGUCUAUUUUCCAACAACUAAAGAUGUUAAAAAUAUUAGAAAUGCGAUCGAAACUGCUGUAGAACCUUCAUCUACAUGGCCCAGCUAUAAAGUUAAAAUACUUUCACGUUGUGAUAAUUUUGCGCAAGCGGAUAGACGUGCUGCACGUGGUACAAAUAGUGAUAAUGUCUCAUCACAUGGUGAAGAAAUUGGAAAUACCUCGGGAAAUACUCGAGUUCGUAAACCUCCACUACGUUAUGCAUCUGAAGCUGAAACUAGUUCCGAGAGCUACCAAAGUGAUGGUGGUUCAUCUAGGGCAGCAACUCCGCCGUUAAGAGUGAAUGACAGUGUUCAUUCUCAAUGGACCAAAAAAACGCUUCUGUCUGCGAAGGGCCAAAAACAAACCAAUUCGUCGUAUGUGUUUCAUAGAUGCUUCCAUGAACACUCCCACAAAUUUUGAAUCAUCAGCUGGAAAUUUGCAACGUAAAACGUUUCGCCAUGAAACCGACACUGAAAAUCAAAUUUUCAAUUUACUCAGAGAUUUACAACGGCGUGUGGUUAGAAUGGAGCUGAAAAUUGAUCAACUACAAGAAGGAAUGGAUCGCCAAAUUCUACUUUCUGCUAAUAAUGUGAUUAACGAAGACGUAUUUAAAGAUAUUAAAGAAUUUCUUCCAUUAAAAACAAUUCAACAACUUGUAGAUUUUGAAGAGCUCCUGAAGCUGAAGUUUGAUUCAGCGGCAAAAUUGCUUGGUUUAGAAGGAGGUGAAAAUGUGAAACAUGCCACAAGAAAUGUGAUGCGACAACUAUUUUCAGAUGAAUUUUCUAAAGGUUUUUCCUGGAAAGGGGCCAAGGGAAAGAAAGCAUUAAAUUCAUAUGAAAGAACUGCACAACUUAUUAUUGAAUCUGUGCGUCAAAAUCAGAAGACAUCUAAUGCUACAUCUUCUGAUAUAAUUGCGGCAGCAAAGUAUUAUCUAGUAAAGUUGACGGAACGCCUAAAAAAAAAAGAAGCGAACGUAAUCAACAAUGCAGAUAUAUAAUAGCAACAUAACAAUCAACGGUAUAGAUAUAAUUAGAUACUCAUAUCUUAUAAUGUAUUUUACUGUGCAAUAUAUAUUUUUUGACAACCA